UUCGGGCGGCUGCUUGAAGCGCCGGGGUGUCCCGGGCAUGAGUGGGGUGUGGGGGACCGGGGGGCCUCGGUGCCAGGCGGCGCUCGCGCUCCUGGCCUCGCUGUGCCGGGCCCGGCCGCCCCCUCUCGGGUUGGACGUGGAGACUUGUCGGAGCUUCGAGCUACAGCCCCCAGAGAGGAGUCCGAGCGCGGCCGACUCAGGCACCUCUGUCAGCCUCCUCGCAGCCGUAGUGAUUGUGUGUGGCGUGGCCCUGGUGGCAGUUUUUCUCUUUCUCUUUUGGAAGCUGUGCUGGAUGCCCUGGAGGAGCAAGGAGGCCUCCAGUCCCGCUUCUGCUAACCCUCCCCCGGACGCCCUCCAGAGCCCGGGCUCCAGAGGCAACAUGGCAGACAAGCUGAAGGACACCAACACGCUGGGCUUCCUAGAGGCGGCUGUGAAGAUCAGCCACACGUCCCCAGAUAUCCCGGCCGAGGUGCAGAUGUCAGUCAAGGAGCAUAUCAUGCGUCACACGCGGCUGCAGCGACAGACCACAGAGCCAGCAUCAUCUACCAGGCACACGUCCUUCAAGCGCCACCUGCCACGGCAGAUGCACGUCUCCAGCGUGGACUACGGCAACGAGCUGCCGCCGGCGGCAGAACAGCCCACCAGCAUUGGCCGAAUCAAGCCUGAACUCUACAAGCAGAAGUCGGUGGAUGGGGACGAUGCCAAGUCGGAGGCCGCCAAGAGCUGCGGGAAAAUCAACUUCAGCCUGCGCUACGACUACGAGAGCGAGACCUUGAUCGUGCGCAUCCUGAAGGCCUUCGACCUCCCUGCCAAGGACUUCUGUGGCAGCUCUGACCCCUACGUCAAGAUCUACCUCCUGCCUGAUCGCAAGUGCAAGCUGCAGACCCGGGUGCACCGCAAGACGCUGAACCCCACCUUCGAUGAGAAUUUCCACUUCCCAGUGCCCUACGAGGAGCUGGCCGAGCGCAAGCUACAUCUCAGUGUCUUCGACUUCGACCGCUUCUCCCGCCAUGACAUGAUCGGAGAGGUCAUCCUGGACAACCUCUUCGAGGCCUCCGACCUGUCCCGGGAAACCUCCAUCUGGAAGGACAUCCAGUAUGCCACCAGUGUGAGUACAGCCUUGCCUCCUGGGCUUCUUGAGGAUUCCUAG